CUGUUUGAGUGGCAGGCUAAGCUUCCAUAAUGAAGUUUACUUUAAAACUCCGCACUGUAGACAUUUUCUUCACAGCAUGUGAUUUCACUUGAUUGGACAGUUCUCUAGAUUGCCAUGAUCAGCUGCAGUUAAAGAAGACGCACGGGUCACUUUAAGUGUCCUUAGCAAACGAUGUAAAACGACAGUAAGACUCUUCCAAGGAAGAAAUGGCUAAUAUGGCCAGCUUCAUUUGGUUCACCAUAGUCAUCGUAGGAAUUCUUGUUUCAUCUCUGGCAAUGAUAAGCAUGGGUGCAGCAUGUUGGGACUACUGUGAUACAGUUCCCGUAAUUGCACAGUAUCUGGUCAUUACGGGAUCAAUAUUUUUCUGCUUGCUAAUACUUCUAUUACUUCUAACAUUCUGUAUCUGCACAUCAUCCGGAGAUCCUAAAAUUAGUGGAGUCCUAAAAAUAAUUUUUGGUGUUUGUGUAACCAUCAUGUAUUUACUUGUCAUUGCUGGAACUACUGUGCUUUUCGUCCAGUCAUCUGAUGAAGACAAUGCUUGCAACAGAACGAGUACUAAAAAUGAAGAUUUUUUUGAAGAACAGUUCAAUACAACAGCUCCUCGCACUGCAGACCCUUUCUGUAGUAGCACCCUUCCAGUAUUCAGCUACAGCGUUCUUGUUGUGUUUCAUAUUCUUCUCUUCUUCUCACUGCUUGUGACAUUUUAUGACAAUUCAAAGUGAUUCUCGACUGCCAGCACAAAUCAGUUGAUUCACAACUCUUUCACAAAAUCCUAACAUAUUCUCGACCAUGUCCUUGUUUUCAACUAAGAACUUUUAUAAAGGUGAUAAAAUUUAGAAGAAACCAAUAUCUCCGAGCUAAUGUUCCGGUUUCGGCAUAUUCCAGAGCCUUCAUAAAGAAAUCCUGCCCAGCAUAUCCGGCAAUAUCCUCACAGUCCUUUCGUGUUCAGGAUCCUAACCUGUUUUUGUAGGAAACAUGUAGGACUUAACGAUGAAUUAUGCUUUUAUUGUAUCAAAUCGAUCUAGAGAAAGAGUUAUCGCAAUUGUUAGUAAAUGAAUAAAUAAAAUGAAAUUACACGGUAUAAGAAGCAGUAAGAGUAAAAUACUGAAAUUGGAAAAAUUAAGAUUUUUAGUUACCAGAUUAUUAUUUAACAUCAUCUAAAUUAAUCAAUAACUAAUCAAAAUGUAAUUCAUUCAUUAAUUUAAGACAUUUUAAUUGGAGCUAUUUUUAUUUUCUGAAAUAGUUUGUACUUAUGAUUUUUACACACAAUUUUAAGCUUAACUAUAAAUACCAAUAUUUCAUCAAUUAGUGAACUACACAAUGUAUAAAAAAGAAAUUUAUUAAUUUCGUAAACAAUAUAUUUUUACUGAAUAUCAGUACUUCAAUGAAAAUAGCUUAUUAGUUUCCACAUAGCAAUUUUUCCUUGAUUCAGAAACGGUUAAUAAAAGUACUGUAUGAUUCAUUUUCCCUUUCAUUUUGUUCAGAAAUGCCUAAUGGAAUAGUCAUUAAUUUGCAUUGUAAUUAUGGAGCCUGAAUUUAACAAUGUUACUUUGAUGAAAGUAGGAAGAAAAUAAGAAAUAACAAAUUAAUAUAUGAAUUAGUAAAUAAGAAACCUUCUCCAAAUUUUACUAUUGUAUUAUUAACCUAUAAUCCAUAGGUAUAAUUUUGAUUUCCGAAGCAAUUCGAACCCAGCUUCUCUAUUAUUUCUGAAAAGAAAUGUUUUCGAGCUCUGAAAUUUAAAUAUUUUUGUUUGGUUUUCUUGUAUAUUCAUCUCUGUAGAUGUUUUGUUUUUCACAAAUUUAGUAAUUUAUUUUGUUCAUGUGUUUUAAAUAUGAUUGUAGUUUACUCCAUAUGCUAUAUUGUCUAUAUGUGUUUAUUUAUUAAAUUUUAUUUACUUCUUUAA